AUGAAUAUUAAUUCGAGAGAUGGUUUUGAAAAUGAGUUGACCUAUUCUCCGUUACAUCAACUUGAACUUCAAAUGGCAUUAUCUAAUGGAGGGAAUAUGAAACGAAAGCAAUCGACGGGCAAAGCCCAAGUGUUAAAGGGGAAGAUAAACAAUCAACCCACCACUAGUAACAGUAGUAUACAUAUCGCUGGCGGGAAGAACGAUUAUAGUAACAAUGAAGACGCUCACCACUUGGAUGGAGGCGAAAGCAUAUACUCCUUUGACCUGGUGAGUACUAAUGGUAGGUUACUAGACCGCUUAUAUCUUGACGACGAUAAUAAUGAAGAUAACGAUGACAUAGACAACUGGAUGGGCAAAAGGAACAGCGUAUUCUCUAACCAAUCCACAGGUCGGUUAUUAGAUAGAUUGGGAUUAGAGGAGCAGGCCCAAGCUCAAAAUCAGCAUUACAAUGCUCCCAUGUCCAGAACAGCAUCUGCAAAGCAAAAGUUGAAGCUGCUGUCGUCGCUGUCUCUACUUCUGCUUGGGUCGUUAUCACGUCGUAAAUCAUCGCGUAAACAUAUUCCAAUACCGACAAAUGCAUCAUCCAUUGGACUCAACAGGACUCCAUCUGUACCUAAAAAUAAAUCCAGAGGCCGUGUUUCACCACCAUUGAAUCGAAAUGGAAGUACCUCUAGCAUAACCAAUAGCAUCAAGACCAACUCUACUUCGAAUCUGACAUCGUCAAAUAACAACGAAUACACGGUAGGUAACGUUGGAAGUAAAAUCGUACAAUCGGACAAUAAAUCUAUUUUCUCCUUUCAAGCUGACAUGGCUUCAUUGGAAUCAGUAGCUACCAUUUCACAAAAAAUCCCAACUCCCUUAUCACUGCCAAUGACUAGAAGUGCUCUAGAUUACGCAUCAAAGAGGGAUACGGUAGACUUGGAAGAUUAUAGCGCAGAUAUUUUUGCCUCAUCUGAUGAAAUCAAUACAAGCAGUAUUACUCCCAAGCUUGGACGUCAUAAACACACGAAUUCACUUCCUGAACCAAACUUGGAUCAACUGCCCCAGGCAUUCCAACGUCAACAACAAAGGCAAAUUGAUGACCUUGACGAAUUUCAGUUUACCCCAUCACCAACUGAAGGCGGCUACACCCUGGGUCAAGCUGCUGGUCAACCCCCACCUCUCGUGAGGACACAUACAGAACCUGCACCACAGGUAAGACCAUUGUUGCAUGUAGGAGCCAGUACGGGAGAUACACCAAAAUCCACUAAUAACCUUUUCCAGGGUGUUAAUUCGUCUCCUACAUCUUCAAUGGAAUCACGUAGAUCCACUUCCACAUCGCAUGCUGAAAGACAGAGCCCGGGAAAGUCGUCUCCGAUUGCCCGUGGUGGUGAACGAAGGAUAGCUUCUGAACCUUCUAAAUUCGUUUCAAGAUCAAUGUCUUCUUCAUCAAUAGCAUCAGCAUCUCCAAAUUCGAAAUUUUCCAAGACUGACUUAACUCCUUCGGCGAGAACUAAUUGGGCACAGGAAUUAAGAAACGCUGGUAAUCAUAGAGAAGCACUGUACCAACUUCAAUUAGCAGCAAACAUUCCUAAUAAUUACCCCAAGGCUAUGUACCUCUAUGCCAUGGCGUUGAGGUAUGGACAAGGAGUUAAAUUGAAUGAAAGAAAUUCAAUUAAAUGGCUUCUUCGGUGUUUAUUGGUAGUUCAAAACACAACUGAUACACAAUCCCAAUCAAAUAAUGAUUAUGUUUCUAAGUUGGUUGACAUUUCACCUGAAGAUUUGGUUUUAAUUAUGAACAGAUAUAUUACGAGCGAACCUGAAGUUGAUCCCAUUCAGCUCUAUGAUUAUUAUUCAAAGUUGCCGGCAGCUCAGCUUACUAAGUUAAUAACUUCCAUUAAGUCACAACUGAAUAUUAUAGCUCUGACCUACCACGAAGUAGGAAAUUGCUUGAUCAAUGGCUGGGGACUCCAAACUAAAGACGAAAUGAGCGGGAUCUUAUAUCUUUCUAAGGCUGGAUCUAUGGGAAAUAUAGCUUCAAUGGCCCAGUUGGGAGAGAUCUGGUCUUCUAAGUCAAAAUUGCAUAAGAAAGACUACUUUAGGGCUUCUGCAUGGUUGAGGUUAAGUGAAUUGUUUGGCACUAAAUCCAUUGGUAAUAGUUGGAUUUAUAAAGAGAAGUAUAUUAAGGUUACAAAGCAAUAG